AUGCGAGUUACGUUGUUUCCUGGUAUUGAAAUGAUUUCACGAAUUGUCCUCAUUGCUGAUCUGUUCAUAUUAUCAUUAAAUUUUUAUUCGCAUGGAUUUCAUUUAUAUUACACUGAUCGACGUCACAAUUUAAAUAACAACUAUAUUAACUAUGUCUAUAGUUUUGCGCAAAUCACUUAUUAUUAUAGCAGAGAGAAUCGACAAAGUCGAUUCAUUUUAUAUAAUGCAUGGCCAAUUAUUCCAUAUUGUGUUCGGUCACUGCAGACUAUGUUCGUCGACGAUGAUGCUUCGCUCUGUGCUGGACAGUUGAUAAAAUUUGAAAAUUUACGUCACAGUAUGAUAACAACAAACGAUUUAUUUGAUUGGAAUGCGCCAAUCGAUACAAUGAAUUUAUAUCAACAAUAUCUCGAAAGUAAUCGAUCACUCGAAUUGUCAUCAUUAACAUAUUGCAAUUGUUCUGACAGGCUCUAUUUUGGGCAGAACUGUCAAUAUACAUUUCAUUUCUAUGCUCCAUUUUCAUCCAUAAUUGAACACCGUUUUGCAUCAAAAGAUACGUGGAAGUUAGAUAACACUAUCAUUUCGACUGUUACAUGUUAUAAUGGUUUACCAUCAUGUAGAAGUUUAAUAUGUUUAGAUUGGCGUGAGAUAUGCGACGGUAAAAUUGAUUGUAUUGAAAAUGGUGAAGAUGAACAAAAUUGUUAUCAAUUAGAAAUGAAUCAAUGUGACCCGAUAAGAGAGUUUCGUUGUAAAAAUGGAAUGUGUAUUGACAAGAACUUUGCUUUUGAUUUAAUGUUUGAUUGUUUGGAUCGUACGGAUGAACAACAUGCACUUCAAUCAGCACAUGAUCUUCGAUUGCCGUGUUACAAUACUCCAUCAAUAGAAUGUGAAGAAUCACUCUGCCAAAGGAUGUGGUUUACUUGCGGUGAUGGUGACUGCCUUCACUCAUAUGGUCAUUCAACUGAAUGUUACAAUGGUCGGUAUCAGCUAAAGAAGGAAUUAGUAUUUGAUGACGAUUAUGAAUGGAAAAGUGACAUCUCUUUAAUGUAUCCAAAUGCUCAUAUCCUGUAUAAAAAUGGCGAUGGUACAACCUUUAUAUGUUAUAAUAACACUAAAUGUAGACUAAACCUAUCACAUGUUAGCAGUAAUGAUGAUAUUUAUUGUGAGAAUAUUGAUAAAUUUUCCUUGUCUAUGAAUAGUCGGGACUUCCGCACAGGCGAGAGUCUCUUGAACAGAAUGGAAUUUUUCUUCUCAGCAUGUGCUUUAUCACAAAUUAUUACUCAUUCAUCAUUAUUUCACUGUGAAAAUACACACAAAUAUAUUUCAAAAGAUCGUAUAAGAGACAAUAUCAAGGACUGCUUAUUUGGUUCUGAUGAAUUAACAAUAUCAGGAGAUUUUUGUAUGCUUUCAAAUGAUCCUUUUCAAUGUUUAGGAGGAAAUGACUGUGUACCACGUAAGAAUCUUUUUGACAUUAACGUGCCCAACGAAAAUAGAUAUCAUUGCAAAGAUAAAUCAGACACAAUGUUACCUUUCCAAUGCAUGUUUCAAGAUGAUAUUGGUUGUUGGUAUUUACAAAAUAAAUUUAUUCCAAUUAAUGAUAUAUUUUUAUAUCAAGAAAUAUGCAAUGGAGUGCCACAUCCUUAUAUUAUUGACGAUGAAAAAGAUUGCGAUGAAUGGCAAAAAAUCUGUAGUUCGAAAUAUACAGCAAAAUGUGAUGGAAUUAAUCAAUGUGUCUAUGGACGCGAUGAACAAGAUUGUGAAUCAAUAUGUCCAACAGAAGAAGAAGAAAUAUAUUGUCUUUCAAACAUCGGACUCAAUAAACGUUGUUUAAAAAAAGCGUUUAUCAAUGAUGGCAAUUAUGAUUGUUAUGGAGGGCUUGACGAAGAUCCUAGUUAUUGUAAAAAUCAAUAUCCAAGAGAUCUUUCUAAACGAUUUCGUUGUUGGAAUAGUUCAGAAUGCAUUCGAAUUGAACAACUAUGUGAUGGUAUUAAAAAUUGUUUACAUAAUGAUGAUGAAGAAAUCUGUUCACAACGAUCCAAAAAUAAUUGUUCUGAUGGUACGUACUUCUGUGCUGGAAAAUGUCAAAAUAAAGAUAUUCGUUGUAAUGGAGUAAUUGACUGCUCAUUGCAGCAAUGUGUGAAAUGGCCAGGUCAAGUGGCCUACGGAUGUGUUUCAGCAUUUAGCGAAGAAUAUGACGA